CUGAGCUGCGUGACAAUUGUUAAAUGUGACGUAAGAAACAAGUUUCAAGCGCACAAAAAAACAAAAAUAAAAAACAAGAAAGUGAAUUAUUUAGAUAUGUUACAAUUGGCGGGCACGCACACAACGCUGGCAGCAGCAGACAAAUGCGAUUAUUUUGGUAUGUAGAAAUGGCAAAAACUGCUUGUUGUGUAUUUUUGUGUAAAUAAAAGUAGUAGUAGUAAAUACGCAAAAAAUAUUAAACGCCAACGAAAGUAAUAAUGUAAAUUUCGGCGACUGUCGUUUUGGGUCAAGCAAAACUCACGGCGACUCGGAACACAUUGACUAGCGUGCUUGUGUUGACUGCAGACGCUAUCGUGGAGACGCUACGUGGAAUUCGCAAGCACGAGAAUGAGCGGCGAAUGCCGGUGGGAAAAUGUUAACAAAAUAACAAAUAAAACGUGUGCAUAAAUAUCUGUUUUGUGAAAAAGUAUGUAAAUAAAUAAAGCUGUUGAAACAGCUGAGUAUUUUUAUGGGUACAGAGUAUAACAACUGCUAAGCAACAGUUGUGUGUGUGUGUGUGUGUGAAGCUUGGCAGAAACAGAGUUAAUAGCAGUCCUAAGGUGGGAGAGCAAAACAAAGCAAUAAUUUUAAUAAAGAAUAACAAAAAAGUAAAAGAGUAAUGUUAAAAAUAAGUUAAAAGUUAAAUAACAAAACUAAAAUAAAGUAUAAUACAAACAAAAAUACAACAAUUGAUACUAAAAAAGUCGAAUAUUAGUGAAAAAAUACAACUCAUACAAAAACAUUUUGUGCAGCACCCAAGAAUAUCAACAAUUAUUUAUUUAAUGAUUAGAUAAAAAGCCAAAAACAACAACACCAACUGCUAUAAGUCGGAGCGCAAAAGUUACACAUACGCCGAGUGGCGACUAACACAUACUGCGAUAACAGCAAGUGAAACAUUAUCCACCUUAACGUAGAUACUUAGAUACAUACGUACACAUGUACAUAUGUGCUUAUUAAAACUUUAAAAUAUCUAGCAAAUGUGCUGAUAACAUACGGGGCUUUUACCUUUUGCAGUUGAUUUUUGUCAUUUGUCAAGUGCGGCCGAGAACGUUUUGUGUUGUGAAAACGUGCGGGUUUAUAAUAAAAAUUAAUAUAAAUUAUUUAAAAGAUAAUCAAAAAAAAAUUGAUUUGAAAUAUACUACAAGCUAGUUUCAAAUACAAACAAAAAUGUUAACAGAAUAUGCGGGCAAUCUGGCAAAUCAUCUGGAAUUUGGACAUGCCUUAGAGAUUGUGGCGAAGACCAUUGAUAGCGCCUCAAGAUUUCAAAUCAGUCUAUCAACGGCCAAAUCUGUGAUAGAUCCAAAUGCAGAUAUCGGUUUGCGUUUCGCUUGCUACUUUCGCAAGGAUAUAAUUGUGCGCAAUGCACGUAUCGCUGGCGUAUGGGGUGAAGAGGAGAUACAUGACAUUGAAGGCCACUCAUUGCAGAAUCCCAUUGAGUCGGGCGAGUUCUUCGUCAUUUACAUACUCGCUUGUGAGGAUAAAUUUCACAUUGCCAUCAAUAAUCGGCCAUUUUGUACAUUCCGUUAUCGCAUGCCAGUGCAAGCGUUACGCAGCAUCGAGAUCAGCGAACAAAUACAGGUGAUUAAGCAAGUGGAUCAUCGCGCUGUCUUCCCAUAUCCCUGGCCAGCUAUACAAUCAUCCGAUAUUGGUAAGGCAUUCAGCAAUGAUUCACCGAUAAUGUUCAGCCCAGGGCAUUUGAUUGUGAUAACGGCACGUUGUUUCGACAAUAAGAAGGGACAAUUUAUAAUUAAGUUUAUGGACAGUGACACGAAACGUGAGGAAUUGCAUUUCAGCGUGCGUUUCGAUCAGAAAGCCGUUGUACGCAAUUCAAUGAACAAAGCAUUUGAAUUUGGACAGGAGGAACGUCACGGUGGCUUUCCAUUCGUCUUUAAUCAGCAAUUCAAGCUUGCUUUCGCCUUUACAGAGCGUGAAUUUCUCACCGCCGUGGAUGGCUACAACUUCUGCAGCUUUGCCUAUCGCACAACAAAUGUAUUUCAAAAUCUGGUCGGUUUCAAAGUGACCUGCAUAAAUGGGUUGCAUAUGCAUGUGACGGGUGUGGACCAUUUGCAAAUGGGUGACCCCUCUUGUACGGGUUUCGAAAAGUAUUCAAAGCAUGACUUUGAAUGCGCUUAACACUUGACAACAGUCCGUAUGCCAAACUAGCUUGUCUUAUAUAAGUUUACAAUUGUUUUUGUAUAAAACUGUUAUUUUUACUAGUAUUUCAUAUGCAAAAUAAACAUAACCUUAAAAAUAAAAAUAUUUUUUUUUUUUUAUAAAUUUUACUCACAUUUCCUGGCGCUGUGACAUCAUUGCAGAAGUAACAGCCCAAAUUGCCACCACCAAUGCACUUCAGAUCACCUAUAUCUAUUGGUUGCGCAGCAUCGCCAGCUGCUUCGUCGACUUUCGUACCAGCGCCGUGACGCAUCACCAAGUAGCUAUCGAAACCUAAAGCUGCAUUGAUAACGAUCUGUAAAAAGUAAAAAAGAAAUGAAUCAGCAAAAAUUAAAUAAAACAAGUAAGGAAGGGAUAAGUUCGGGUGUAAUCGAACAUUUUAUAUUCUCGCAAUUUUAUGAUAUAGUUUUAUUAAGAUUUCAACCAUAUGUUCGACAUUAAGUCCACUAAAAUAACGAAAAUCACUAAUUUAAUCACCAAUUUUAACCGAUUUUUGAGGUAUAAAGCCCACCGUAUUUUUGAAAAACAUCUGAAUUACAUUAAAAUAUCUGAGAUAUUUACCGAUAUUUUCGGUGCAAAAUUACCCUUAGGCAAUGACUUCUUCAUGUUCGAUAACAGGGGCAUUGAAAAGUUAUAAACAAAUUUCGAAAAUUUUUCUGUCAAGUUUUAUUCAGCUAUCUUCAGUGGUUCCUAAUGUAUAUAUUACUCGUAUAAAGUGAGGGAAUCAGAUGGAAUACAAAAUUAAGUCAUAUGAGAAGUAGACGUGGUUGUCAUGAUAAUAUUAUAUACCGAAUUUCGUUGAAAUCGGUCGAGUAGUUUCGGAGAUAUGGUUUUUGACACAUAGGUGGGCGAAGCCACCCCCAUUUUCCAUUUUUUUUUUAAUCUGAGUGAAUACUGUAAUAUUUAGUGUUUCUAAUGCAUUUCGUUAGUGAGUUAACGCACUUUUAGUAAUUUUCAAUAUAACCUUUCUAUGGGAGGUGGGCCUGGUUAUUAUACGAUUUCACCUUUUUUUAUGACAUUACACAUAAGGGAGGUGACUGCAAAAAAAUUGUUUUAUUUAGCUUCAUUAGUUUACGAGAAAUGUACAAAAAAAUUAUUAGAGGCAGGGCCACGCCCACUUUUCAAAAAUAAUUACAUCGAAAUAUGGCCCCUCAAGAUAUCUUAAUUUUUACUCAAGUUAUCUGUUGCACGGACGCACAGACAGACAUCCGGAUUUAUACUCGUUUAGUUUUAUGACUUACAAACAACCGUUAUGUGAACUAAACUAUAAUAAAAUCUCUCUUAGCAACAUUGUUGCGAGAGUAUACAACUUACAUAUAUUAAAACACUAUACACACCUUCUGGAAAGUAGUGCCCAGCAAUGUGGGCAACCAACGGCUCUCACGUGAAUCGGUUAGCAAGAAAAUAACAUCAUGCUCUUCCACUAAACGUUUGAUGGUGUUUAAAUCCUCAUCGGUUUGUUGCACCAUCGAUGCGCCUAUGGUGUGACCAGGCAUGGGUAUUUGCAUGACAUGCCCCGUGGAGUUCUGAAAGUGAAAUAUAAAGUUAUACAAUUUUAAACCAACACAAUAUAACCACACUAUAAUUUUAACGCACAGCUGUUGGAUUAAUCUCCUUCACACGUUUGGCCGCCGUUUCCGCCUUCAUUGCAUUGCCGGCAAUAGCAUCUGCAUGCGUGUAGAGUGUUUGUCGCAAUGGAUUUGAAUAGCUAACACGACCAUUAUCCAGAAAUGUUAUGUGCUUAAAGCCCCAAGCGAGUAAAUUGCGCGCCACAUUACAACCGAGUGUGCCGGCGCCAAAGAGUAAACAUUUCGUAUUCGCUAUUACAUCUAAAUCCAAAUCGGGCACUAAACGCCAUUUCAUCAGUUUCAAAUUCAAGUUUAUGGCACUUUCGACUAGUCUAAAAUCGAAAAAAAAUUAAAAAAUAAAUAUUUCGUUUUUUUUUGUUAUAAGUUAAACUUACAUUGUGGGAUCCAUGCUGUCUCGCAUUGAAACCAUACGUGGACCCAUUUUGUUAUUGCGAUUGGGUUCCCAACCUACAAAUGGCGUGUCAUCGUCGAAAUUCACUGGUUCCGUUUGUUUCACAGUCCAAACGAGGCUUUUACCACAUUCGUUUUUGUUGUCAAAGCGCAAACCCAAAAAUUUUACCGUUUUACCAACUAAGUCAGGACUGUAUAUAUAAAAUAAAUAAAAUUGAAAAAUCUGAAAUUUAUAAAUAAUUAUAUAAAAAUAAAUGUAACUAACCAUUUGAAAAAAAUAUACGCUGCAUAAACACGCAUCAACCAUGAGGGAUGCUCGUAUUCACUGGGGUCAGCAAAACCAAAAUAAAGUUCAUCGCUUUGUUCUGCUAAUGACGCGCUAUUUACUAAUAAAUCUUUUAAUGUAUAGAUAGUAUCCGUCUCCUUGCUUUUGACUAUAAAGAAAUCGGGCUUUUGUACUUGAGUUUUUAGUAACCGUUCUAAAUGCUCCAAUUCUGGAAUGUCAGACAAAGACUGUGGUGAGGAACCACUUUCCAUUUUUAUUGUUGGUGUAAGUGGACAGGGAAAUGCGAACCAAUAGUAGUAAUUGUAUGUUGUUAGAUCCUGUAAAAAAUAUUAUAAAUAUAAAAAGAUUUCAACAAAUAUUAUUUAAGCAUAAGAAUAUGCAAUUCAGUAAAGGUCAAUAACUUAAUUACACAAAUAAAUACUACGUUUGAGGAAAUCCACCCCGACAUGUAUGUACAAAAACAAGUGACGUCAUAAUUAGUAAAAUAUAUAUAUAUUACCGCAAAGGAAAGAACAAAGAAUCGCGCAAGUAACUUGGGGUCAUCCAGAACACGGUCACUUCGAAAAUCAUCCACCAAUUUACGCCCCUCUAACCGCAGCAAUUCAUUUUUAUCACAAGCUUUGAAGUCUUCAAUUGUAUUUUUGUUGUAGAGCGUACCGACUGCAGGGUAAUAAAGUCUUGGCGCCGUAAAGUCGCUGGAAUUUGCCAAAUGGUUUAUUUACAUUAGUAAUUAGCGCACGGCUAUAUGAGAUUAAUUUUGAUUAACUCAUCUCUUACGACGAACUCACCCGUUGAAAGCAGAAUAAUCUGUUUCUAGUAAACAUGAUUUGGCGUUGAAAUUGGUGUAGUAACCAAAAAUGGGCUUUGGAGCAUCCGAUAGACGAUCAUGGUUCAACUUUAUAUCCGAUAAUUUAUGCCAAAAAUUUGGAUUCACAAAUGAUUGCAAUGGUGCGUAUUGUAGUACGGCCGUGUCUGACAUCUCGUACUAAUUUUAUAAUUAACUAUCACUCUUAGAUAAGACUUAUUUGUUAAACUUGUGUGCUGUUACUGAUCCAGCCGUCGUCGUGGUUGAUUUUAUCUCAAAUAUAGGU